AACGCUUUGGGAAAGCAGUAUGUAUCUGUCACUGUCAGUCAGGUCAGCGUCAGCUAUUGAGCUUCAUUCCCAAUUAUUUCACAGUUUUUAACAAAAAACUAUUACUUUUUCAUGAAUGAGGACUGUGUUUUGUGUAAAUGUUUAGUGAAGAAACUUAAAGUUAUCGUCAUGCUAUCGUAAGCAUAACAUUUAUGUGCAAAUCGGGCUAACCAAUCUAUUGUUACGAUGGAUGCCUCGAAGAUUACUAGCAAAACAAGCUCUUUGAAGGCCUUGAUUUUAAAGGCUUGGCGUGAGCGAUGGACAGAUAUCCAAUGGGGUAUCAACAUCAAAACUAUCCUGCCUAGGGGAGUAAGUGGAGAUCUUUAUAACCUCGCUGAUUGUAUCCUCCAACAAGCAAUGGUUGGUUGUGGUGCAAACCAACUGGUGAUAUCAUAUUUGAAACAUUCUCUGGCGUCACACCUAGUCUCGUAUGCUGCAGUACUUCAAAGAAUCGCAAAGUUCGACGCCUUUCAUAAACCUCAUUGCAUUAUUGCCUUAUUGGAAUUCCUUGAAGGGUUUCUCGACAGCAUAACAUGUAGGGGCAAGAUGGAAGAAGAAGUGCUAGCUUUUUCUGUAUUUUCUAUCAUACUGUGGCUCCUUCAAGUGUAUCAUUAUUCUCUUAGUAAGUACCCAUCAUCUAAUCCUAUUCAGAGUCAGGAAAUUCUAGAGAAAUCUACAUCAGUUCUUAACUCAAUUGUUAACACAGACUUCCUCCUCGCGAUGUUUUAUUUCGCGAAACAGAAUGAUCCAGAUGAGUACAAUGAGAUCACAAAAAAAUGUCAAGAAAUCACAGCAUUCAUGAUGAUGAAUACACAAUUCAAGGCGCCGGUUACUAUUCAUGAGACGUUGCAGAGAAUAUGUAACAUGGAUAUAGAUAAAAUUGCACCAUUAAACAAUAAACCAGAGACAGUGACUCACUGCUUGCAAGCUCUCAUAGCAAUAAAUGUGUUGGCUAACCCUAGUGCUGAUCUCCAACAGCUCUCUAAUCAACUGUUAAUGGUGCAAAGAAUAAAAGGUUACCCUCUAUCGAGACUUUACUGUGAACUUAUUAGGGCUUGUUUUAUUUCAUUAAAUGACUCGAGUAAAGAUGCUAUAAAACAAGCUCUAUGGGCAGCCUUCACUUUCCUCAAAAUACCACAAGUUAUGCAUUACCUCCAUAAUAUGUGUGGAACAACUAACAAAGAGAAUGAAUGUUCCGUUGAACUUGUUGAAGCUUUUGAGAUGCUGUUGCAAUCCACACCACUUUUAGAUAUUGUUGACACAAAGAAUUCUUGUAAUAGUGUGAUGUCUUUGAUUGAGCCUUUAGUGAAAUUAAAUGUUUUGUCAGACAGUCAUUUGUCAUAUUUUGGUCAAAAACGUGAAAGUAAAGAUGUGAAGCUUCAGAAAUUAGAGCCAACCGGUCUGCAAGGUUCCGUACCCAGUUUUAUUACUCGAGCUGAACCUACAUUGACCGGUAUCUUGAAAACUAUGGGAGGUGACUUCUACAAAACGCAAGAAUCACUAUACACUAUGCUCUGCCAGAUAGUUGGAGGAGCCACACUUGAUACUAUUCUAGCAGUUGCUACAGUAGAAGGGAAGUUAAAGUUACUUGUGUCAAGACUUAUCAAAUUUAAUGAAUUUGCUUUACAUUCUGCAAGUGAAAAGGGAGCAUCUCAAUCUAAAGUUUAUAUUUUUGAUAUAUCAUUCUUAAUUUUAUGCUCAAUUGUACAAGAUUAUGGUGCUGAUGCCGUAUUAGAAGAUAAUGGUGAUUCAUUCUUUGAAAACUGGGUAAGGGAAUGUAUGCCUUUUAAAGGGAUUCACAAGUCACCAGAUCAAAUAUUACAGAAAUGUGAUCAACAAAUGGUAGAUAUUUUGAUUCAUCAUCUAAGUGCACCAGACUUUGACUUCAAAAAUACAAAUAUGAAACCACAUGACCUCGCUGUCAAUGUCAGUGGGGCAGUCAAGGAGAUAUUAUUUGCAUGGGAACAAGGAUCUCUCACUGCUGCAGAUGUGAAACGCAUGUUAGACUCAUUGCGACAGAAAAUGGCGUCAUUGGCUGUCUGUGCCUCAGUUUGGUUGUGUUCAUAUAUAAAUGUUGUGCAUCAAGAAGCAUUUUUGAAACCAAUAAACAUGGUUCAACAGUUUUUGGCACCACCCACUGAAGUUGAGCUGACUCAAAUAGAUAAUUUCAAGGAAAGGGCAAUAUUGAUGUGUCAGAUUAUUAGGAAAAUGCAAUAUGAAGUUCACCCUGCAUCUGUGCCAAAAUCAAAAGUGUCUGCUUUGUCACACAAUAUCAUUUCAAGCCAGCCAAUGUUAGAACAGCUUCAGGCUGUCUGGGAGGAUAUUAAAUCCAGAGGAUACCUCCAUAUAGAUGCUACCCAUGUGGUUGAAAGUAUCUUGAAUACCACAGGCCCAGUAUGGUUUGUGACAUAUUUAGUGAAAGAGACAUUAAAAUUUAGAUAUCAGGAUGACCUUGACAGAUCAGUGGAUAUUGUUCUUGCCAUGUUUCAUUUGGACAUUGAGAAAUGCACUGAAGCUUUAUUGUUACAUGUCUUGCCUCAAUAUUUGUACAAUGCAAAACUAAGUGAAGAACUAGUGGAACCUCAAUCGUCAAUAUUGGCCAAAUUGUCUGUUUAUUGCAUUUAUGCUGCCCUCGAAAAUAGUAACUCUAGCAAUAAAGUUCAUAAUAUGCGUAAACGGCGACAUGACGAUGCUGAGGAUAUGGAUAGUAUGUGCACUUCUAGCAAAGUCAGACGACUCAAUGACAAUACUUCAGAUGGUAGUAGUAUGUAUUACUCGCAAGGCCAAUCAAUAUCUGGGGUGGUAUUGAGAGAACCAUUGCAGUCUGCUUUAGAUACUUUAUAUCAGUCAUUUUCCCAACUGGCUGGCAAGAAUGGGGAUGUCACUCCACAGACGCAGUUCAUAUUGCAAUUUUUAGUGUACAUUGUUCAAUGUGGUAACGAGAGGGCUCAAAUGGUGUUGCAAAAAAUACCCAGUGAGCUUGUACCAACAUUGAUAAAAGCUCUUCCUGAUAGUUUUAAUAUAGGGCUAAUACUUAGACUAUAUGACCUCUCUACAGCAUAUGGCAGAAAGAAUACUGCAAGGGAUUUAUGUUUAUUGAGAAAUAUGCGAUUAAGGCCUGAAUGCUAAUGUAUUGACAUAAGUUAUGUGUAUUAUAUUAUAAGAGUAUUGAAAUUUUGGUAAUGAAUGACUAAGUGAUUAAAAUGAGAAUGAUUAUAUUUAGAAAUAAAUGCAUUUCUAAUGAUAAAUAUGUAUUUUUUUCAAUUAGCUACCUAAGUAAAUGAAAUUCUAUUCAAUCCGUCAGUUAGAGUAUAUCCCAUACAUACAAUCAACCAUAAAAUGACAAGAUAAAGCGUGUCAAAUUUG